CGAAAAGAAAUCGAGUAUCAACACUUGGUUGUGGAUUUUUUAUUCAACUUCUAAAAUCUGGAGAAUAAUGAAAGCCGGCGGUGGAUUGGUGUUCGGAGUUCCACGCGCCGCUGUUCUGCCUUCGUUAUUCGUCAGCCGCCGCCGCAGUAUCACAUUUCGAUGCUACUCUUCUUCUUCUUCUGACCAUGUUUCGUUUAUAAAGGACAUUGCUGUAGCUCAACCUCCUGAGCACCUGCAUCACCUUCUAAAGAUGCUUCAGGUGAGAGGUGAAUCUAUAAUCUCUCCUGCCGCAAAACAAGGGAUGAUUCCCCUGGCAAUUCCUCUAUCAAAAAACAGUUCAGGUUCUGUAACGGCACUAUUGAGAUGGCCAACUGCUCCACCUGGGAUGGAGAUGCCAGUGGUGGAAGUCCGUAGUUAUGGAGUGUGGCUUUUGGCCAAGAAUGUAGAUCAAUAUAUUCACAGAAUUCUGGUUGAAGAGGAUGCCAACAGUUCUACAGAAGGCAUCGACGAAGUGUUUAAUGCUUCAGGUGAAGCUGGUGAAAAACUAUACACAAAGGGAGAUUUUGCUAAAUCUCGCAAUUCAAAUUUAGACGUGUACCUUCUCCAGAAGGUUGGUCUAUUUCCUGACAUCUUGGAACGUAAAGUGGUAGACCAUUUCAAGAAAGGAGACCAUGUUUCAGCCAUGGUGACUGGAGAAUUCUAUACCAAAAAGGAGCAUUUUCCUGGAUUUGGACGGCCUUUUGUUUUUAAUGCCGAGGUUCUGCUGAAGGUUGGGCGUAAUCUAGAAGCUAAAGAUGCUGCAAGAGGGGCAUUGAAGUCCCCAUGGUGGACUUUAGGUUGUCGAUACCAGGAAGUUGCGGAUAUAGCCGAAUGGGAUGAUGAACAAAUUGAGUUUAUAAAGGAAAAGGUAUCAGAGGAGGUGAAGCAAGAAGAUUUGAAGAAAGGGAAGGAAGCCGCUCAGAUUUCAUUAGAUGAAGCUGCUUUUCUGUUGGACUUGGCAUCGAUUGAGGGGACAUGGGAUGAAGAAUUGGAACGGAUCGCUGAAUGUUAUAACGAGGGGGGGCUCCCGGAAAUCGCCAAAUUUCUCAAAUAUAGAGACUGAUGAGUGAAUACAUUUUUGCAUUGGAGGUUGGUUGGUUUACAAAUGAAUUGUCAAAAUGUCAUACAAAGAAAGCAUAUGUUUGAUGUCGCUUUCUAUAUUUAGUAUGUGAGGGAUGUUGUAUAACUUCAAUUACAUUUUCAUUUUUGUGUCAUUAGAAUAUCAUUUCGACUUAGAAUCACAAUUGAGUUCCAA